AUGAAGCUUCUUGUAAAUGUAGGAAAAUGGAUAGAAGAAAACAAAACUUCCUUUUUGCCACCUGUGUGCAAUAAGCUUAUGCAUCACCAUCAAUUAAAUGUGAUGUUUGUUGGAGGGCCAAAUGAAAGGAAGGAUUAUCAUAUUGAAGAAGGAGAAGAGCUUUUUUACCAGAUUAAAGGAAAUAUGUGUUUGAAGAUAAUUGAAAAUGGGAAACCAAAAGACAUUGUCAUCCGAGAAGGGGAGAUGUUCCUCCUCCCUGCUCGGAUACCUCAUUCCCCUCAAAGAUACGCAGACACAGUUGGUCUUGUGAUUGAGAGAGAAAGAUUAAAGACAGAAAUUGAUGGGCUCAGAUACUAUGUUGGAGAAUCAACUAAUGUCCUCUUUGAAAAAUGGUUUCACUGUGAAGAUCUCAGCACUCAACUUAUUCCAAUAAUUCAAGAGUUUUUCAAUUCAAGACAGUACCGAACUGGAAACCCAAAUCCAGAUGAACUCCUGAAAGAAACACCUUUCCCACUUAAUUCCACUCCUGCUACGGAACCGUUUUCCUUCCAAGAGUGGUUAAAUGAUCAUCGCAGUGAAAUAAAACAGAAGAAAUCCUUGAGAAUAUUUGGAGAUAACUUUGAAACAGAGGUUGUUGUUUAUGGACCAGGAACAACUGAGAAAAGUAAAAAGAACUCAGAUAUCUGGAUAUGGCAGCUGGAAGGCACAUCGACUGUUACAAUGGAUGGUAAAAACCUGAUUCUAUCUGCUGAUGACAGCCUGCUUGUCCGUGCCCAGUCUGCGUACUGCUGGAAGAGAACAGAAGACUCUGUUGCUCUUUGCAUUGCUCAGGAUCCAAAACGCAAGCAGCCUUAUACCUAG